UGACAUGUACUGACAUGUAGCAAUUUAGGGCAUGCUUCGUCGAACACCCUAUAUAUGUUUUAUCAGUCGAAGAUUUAUCAAAAAUUUAAGGUUUAAAUCUUUAAUUAUAACAUAAAUUGUGUAAAAAUUGCAUAGUUUGCAAAAUUUUCCUAGCAGAAUCUAACCAAAGUUGUUUUUCUCAUCUUUUCUAUUUUGUCCUUCAUUUUUGGUGAUGCAACAAAGAUGGCUGCAGCCAAAUCAGCACAGAUAAAAAUGUUUCAUUAACGCCGUAAAACAAUAAUUUAAUUCUUAUUAUAUUUAAAAUAUCGUCAAAUAUCAAUAUUAUUAAAAUGGAAAAUAUAUUUAGUAUGUGGAAAGUGCGAGAAAUCGCCGAUAAAGUUACGAAUGUUGUCAUGAAUUAUACCGAAAUCGAAGCAAAGGUGCGGGAGGCAACCAAUGACGAAGCGUGGGGACCUACAGGGCAACUCAUGCAAGAGCUAGCUCACUCUACUUUCACCUACGAACAUUUUCCCGAAGUUAUGUCGAUGCUAUGGAAAAGAAUGUUACAAGAUAACAAACAACAUUGGAGACGCACCUAUAAGUCACUGUUGCUGUUAAAUUACUUAAUUCGAAAUGGCUCGGAACGUGUCGUUACUUCAUCAAGGGAGCAUAUAUACGAUUUGAGGUCGUUAGAAAAUUAUUCUUUUAUCGAUGAUAUCGGAAAAGACCAGGGUAUUAAUAUUAGGCACAAAGUUCGCGAACUCAUCGAUUUCAUUCAGGACGACGAUAAAUUACGAGAGGAAAGAAAAAAGGCUAAGAAAAACAAGGACAAAUACAUCGGGAUGAGUUCGGAAUCUAUGGGUGGAAAAUUUAGCGAGCGUUGGGAUGAUAGAUCCUGGAACAGAGACUAUUCCACGCAAAAUCAGGAGUGGGAUGAAAAACCGCAAAGUGUUAGUAAUUACAGAGAUCGUUCCUACGACGACUACGAUGUUGAGCGAGAGGACAGCGACACCGAAUCGAAUCACAAUUCAAAUGGUACGACAAAAUAUAAAGAUACAGACGCAAUAGGCAGUCCGACGGCCUCAGAAAAGAAAGUGAAUCUGAACAUUAACGCAAACAGUAAUAGAACUCCCACCAAAACGGUUAAGCCGUUAAAAAAAGUUGAUCUCGGCGCAGCAGCUAACUUUGGUAGAGAGAAUAAAAACUCAGCGUCUAAUACGCCAAACCUAUUAAACGACGAAUUUAACCCUCGCGCUCACGAAACGAAAGAUGCAAAUUCGUCAGAGUUUGGCAAUUUUGAAGCAGCUUUUUCUACCGACUCGACUUCUAAACAAACGCAGGAUGAUUUUGCCGAUUUUAGUUCAGCAUUUUCCGACACUCAAAGUAAAGGCUUAAUUAAUUCUCCGUUGCAAGAUGUACAACAAGCACCUGCUUUUCCUUUACCAGCGCAAUCGCCUCUAUUUGCGGCUGGACCUAAUUUGCUUGAUGGAGUAGCAUCGGCGACGAAUAAUACACAAAGUUCAAAUAGUGAUUUAUUGAGUGAUCUCUCUGGCUUUAAUUCGCUUAACAUUCAACAACCGGCGGGAAUAAUACCAAGUAAUAAUAAUCAGAGCUUGCUGAUGGGUUCCACUUCCAACAAUAUUAUGGAUGUGUUUGGCACAGAACAUAAUAACAUCGAAGCAGAUCCACAAGAAGAAAAGACAAGUUGUAAACGAGAAAGCAUUACUUUAGAUUCGGCGACCGAUACUCUUAUCACCGAUCUACGAAGAAUUACUAAAAUUACAUCAAAACGUGAUAUCGAAAUACUUUUAGACGAUCUUCGACAUUUAGUGGAGAUCUUUCCUGGCCCUUUAACUUUUCAAAAAGUCGUAGGGCUAGACGAAGGAAUAAUCGAUUGGAGACUAUAUACCGAAGACGUAUACGGAUUAGUUUUAGAGUUAAUUGUCGAUAAGUUUGAUUGCUCUUUUCCAUACUGUGACGAUAAAAUCUACGAGAAUGUUCUCAAAUUGUUUGUUGUGGAGAAUAAUUUUUUUUUCUCAGAGUGCCUUUCUGUUAUGACGAAAAAGUUGAAGUUAGAAAAUAAGGUCGUAGUGAAAAGCGUGGUCAAAAUUCUCGAGAAGAUGAUGAAAUCCGAAGCGUUGUUUGGCGUUUUGCUUUAUCACAGUCUUCAACCCGAGGACUCGAACCCAAUCGUUCAAAAUGACAAGGAAAGGAGGUGGGAGAACCUUGUUCAAUUGUUGGUGUCUCUGCCGACUAGAGUUGCUAACGCAACCAAGGGGGAUCAUCCGCGACUGUUCGAGAGGGAGAGAUUUGGCAGUUUGCUUGCGGUCAAUCUAAUCAAGUUGUUCGAAUUUCUAAAUGAUUUAAAACCCACUCGUCUGAAUUUACAACCUGUCACAUUCCUAAUGAACAAAUUUCUCCUAGACUUUAACGAUUCGCUGGAGUCUUCUGCCCUGGACCAUUUCCUGAAAGUUUUGUCACUGAAAUUCGAGUCGUACGAAGACAACGUUGUUGCAAUCUUUGAAAAUCUAAAUCGAUCAGCAAUCGAAGUUUUAGCUGUCAUGAGUUUGCGUAUUCCCAACGGUUAUCAGAUGCUGAAGUCGCGAUUGUAUCGAAAUAAAGAUUGGAAAUUCGUGUUGACCACGAAAAUUCCGCUUCUAACCUACUAUACGCCAUGCGAUGACGCGUUUAUAUUCAGUUUAUUGUUGUGCAUUAAGAAGGUGUCCGCAGACGAACUGUAUCAGUUGCUUCUGCAAUUGGUGACGACGUGGUCGAAUAAGUCGGCGGUUAAUCAUACAAGCGUCGAACAGCAUCUUUAUUUGACAAAAUUUAUUAUAGCGAUUGUAACGUUGUUGUCUCAGUCCAACUUUGUAUCAACCGAUCGCGAAUUGUCAACGAAGUUUUAUCCAGGCAUCAAUGUGCAUUUGCAGUCUGUUAUCGAAGAUAUCAGAGUAAUUGGAAUGGUAACUGCCGAAAUUAUGAUGGAGUAUCUGAAUAAAAAUAGCGAGGAAAGAAAGGAAGUUAAACUGAACUUCAAUUUGGAGCAGCUGCGAUCGGAAGAUUCCCAAAAAUUAAUAAAAAGCUUGCGAAGUCUGCAGAAUUUUAACAUUAAGAUGCAGGCUGCCCCAUUUGAUGAUGUCAUAAACAUCUUGGUGACGUCAUCAGAAAUGGCGGACAAAGGCGAAGUCAUUGCCGAAUAUACGCCGCCCGAGCGUAAAUUCAGAAUCCGAACGGAACCGCCGACAAACGAGAUAUGUAAUGAAAGCAUCAAAAGCAAAAAUUCAAUCAUAAAAAUAAUCGAUUCGAAUUUCGAGUUGGAUUCUGACGAUGACUUAGAACCGUACGAUUUAAGUAAUGACGUUCCAGCCUCAAAGAAGUCCGCACCUGCCUACCUCAGAGACCUCAGGGAUGGUCUACUCGAAAAUAAAGACCCGGAUAUAUUUACAUUGAGUAUGGAAAAUUGCGAAAAGCUGAUCAUGACGCAACUUCCCAACGACGAUGUCGCCAUUGGUUUGGAACUUUUGGAGAUUUUAAUAUCGUUGAGUCCCACGUUUUACGUCGAGAAUUUUGACGCGAUUGUUUUUCAAAGUUGCAUUGCAUUAACGUGUAUAUACCCGAGCGAGUACGCCGAGUAUUUGUGCAAACAAUUUCAUACGGAACGCCGCUCGUAUUCUAUCAUACAUCGCAUUUUAAUGUUGGAUAUUCUACAGGAGUCGGCAAAAAUAUUAUCAAAUCGCACGUUAGCCAAAGAUGGCGCAAGCGAGAGUGCAACAGAAGUGACAGAACAACCGAUUGAUGAUGUUAUACAAAAACGUUUAGAAAGCAAGACCAGACGAUACAAUAGACACAAAUACGUCCCCAAAAUGUUCAUUAAUAAAUUCUCCAGUGUUGCGGGGUCAUUUUUCUACCCACUACUUCGCGGUUUUGCGAAAUCCCACUUUAUGAUAACCGAAAUGCAAAAUGACGACGAUCACAGCUUACUUAUCAACUAUCUAAACACCCUAUCCAUUAUAAUGACUUGUGCGCAAAAUUGUUCCAUUGCGCCGAAAAUGGCCCACGAGCUUCUGCCGGUAAUUUGGUCUUUAUGGUUUUACAGAGAACCGAAAGUGAGAAUAUCAAUAUUAAGUAUGAUCGCUUGUAUUGUACUUAGUGUACCUGCUAGUAUCUUAUUGUUACAAUUUAUCGAUGAACUGAUCGAGUUCCGUUUGCGUCUCGCCGCAAUGUUAUCGCCAAACGGUGAAACAAAUUCUGAAUGUAGAAUUCUAGCCCAGCAUGUUAUGUAUGUUUUGGAUAAUGUAUUAAAAGAGGAGUCAAUUGUAAACGCUUAGUUCUAAGUCAUCUAAUCAUGUAAUCUCUUAAUAAUAAACUUUUAAACCUU